AUGCAUACAGCAACGUCAGAUAGCUACAAGAGGAGUGAACUGCCUACAGCAGGGAAACAUCCCAUUAUCUUACCUCGGAAGCAUCCAGUGUCACUUCUGUUGGUACGACAUUACCAUAUCUCUGUUUUUCAUCAGGGUAGACUUAUUACUGAGGGGGCUUUGAGAUCUGCUGGAUUUUGGGUUGUUGGAGCUAAAUGUUUAGUAGCCAGUGUUAUUCACAACUGUGUGGUUUGCAAAAAGCUUAGAGGUCAUUUUGCCACUCAGAAAAUGUCAGACUUACCCAUUGAUAGAUUAGAACAGGCUUCCCCAUUUAGUCAUGUUGGAGUAGAUGUCUUCGGCCCUUGGGAAAUUGUCACAAGGCGAACCAGAGGGGGACAGGCAGCAUCAAAACGUUGGGCUGUAUUGUUUACAUGUUUAACCAUAAGAGCUGUUCACAUAGAAGUCAUUGAAGAUAUGUCUUCUUCUGCAUUCACAAAUGCCCUGCGGAGAUUUGUAUCUGUACGUGGUAAAGUCAAAGUUUUCCGUUCCGAUAGGGGCACUAACUUUGUUGGUGCUAUUGAUAACAUUCAAGCAGAUGCAAUAAAUGUUGAAGAUGAGCCUACUCAGAGCUUCUUGCGAAAGUCAGGGACAAUUUGGAUGUUUAACAGUCCCCAUAGUUCUCAUAUGGGAGGGGCAUGGGAGAGAUUGAUUGGUGUUGCUCGUAGAGUAUUGGAAGCUAUGAUGUUAAAUGUGAAAACAUUGACUCAUGACGUGCUUACUACAUUGAUGGCAGAGGUGUCGGCCAUUAUCAAUUCCCGCCCAAUUGUUCCUGUGUCCAGUGAUUCAGAUGUACCAGAUGUACUGAGUCCUUCUGCUUUGUUAACCCAAAAGUUGGAGUGUGAUCAACCGCCACUUGGCACUAUUGACAUUAAGGACUUGUAUCGAGCUGGAUGGAAACAAGUUCAGUAUUUGGCUAGUCAGUUUUGGCUUCGAUGGAGGCGAGAAUAUCUGCAAACAUUACAGGAAAGGCGCAAGUGGAAUCAGGAGCAAACUCAGUUGAAAAUUGGUGAUGUUGUUUUGUUAAAAGAUGUUGAGGUUGCUCGCCACUGUUGGCCUAUGGGUAGAGUCACACGGGUUUUCCCAAGUGUGGAUGGUAGAAUUCGCAAGGUCGAGGUUUGUGUUAUUAGGGAAGGCAGCAAGGUAUUUUAUACCAGACCAGUUGUUGAUAUGGUGCACUUGGUAGGAAGUUAA